CACCGGGGAGGGCUGGAAAGUACCUGGGCACAUCAUCAAUGCGGCAGCAUUUACCGUCCUCAUCCAUGCUGCAGCAGCUCAAUAACCUACCCAAUUUGGGCACAUCGGGAUCGUAUCAGUUUGAUGAAAUUUGAUUUUUUAAAAAUGUCCAGAAAGAGCAUAGACUAUGGAGUGCUACCGGAGUAUGAGAAGAGCCAGAUCAAAAGAACUCUGGAACUGGGAACGGUUAUGACAGUAUUCAGCCUCAAGAAGUUUACUCCAGAAAGGAGGACCAUCCAAGUCAUAAUGGAAACUAGGCAGGUGGCCUGGAGCAAGACAGCAGACAAGAUUGAAGGUUUCUUGGAUCUGAUGGAAAUAAAGGAAAUUCGCCCUGGGAAAAAUGCAAAGGAUUUUGAGCGUGGGAAAGCAACACAAUGUAAAGAUCAUUGCUUCACUAUUUUUUAUGGUACUCAGUUUGUUCUCAACACCUUAAGCUUAGCAGCUGAUUCCAAAGAUGAUGCUGAUAAAUGGCUGUGUGGCUUGAAUAUCUUGCAUCAAGAGGCUAUGAACGCUCCCACACCUGCUAUCACAGAGAGCUGGCUGAGAAAGCAGAUCUACUCUGUUGACCAGAGUAGAAGGAACAGUAUCAGCCUUAGAGAACUGAAGACUGUACUUCCCUUAGUAAACUUCAAAGUUGGCAGUGUGAAAUUCUUGAAGGAUAAAUUUGCGGAAAUUGGAGCUCCCAAGGAAGAACUUAGCUUCGAACAAUUUCAUUUGUUUUACAAGAAAAUGAUGUUUGAACAACAGAAAUCGAUUCUUGAUGAAUUCAAAAAGGAUUCUUCUGUGUUCAUUCUCGGAAAUACUGAUCGCCCAGAUGCUUCAGCCGUUCAUUUGCAUGACUUCCAGAGAUUUCUGCUACAUGAGCAACAGGAGGCUUGGGCACUGGAUCUCCCUAAAGUCCGAGAACGAAUGACAAAGUUUAUAGAUGACACUAUGAGAGAAACUGCCGAGCCCUUCCUCUUUGUGGAUGAGUUUCUCACUUACCUUUUCUCAAAAGAAAACAGUAUUUGGGAUGAUAAAUAUGAUGCAGUAGAUGCCCAGGAUAUGAAUAACCCUUUGUCCCACUACUGGAUUUCUUCCUCUCACAACACAUACCUCACAGGAGACCAGCUUCGAAGUGAAUCUUCCACAGAAGCUUAUAUUAGGUGCCUUCGAAUGGGAUGUCGAUGUAUUGAGCUGGAUUGCUGGGAUGGACCUGAUGGGAAGCCAAUCAUUUAUCAUGGAUGGACACGGACAACAAAAAUCAAAUUCGACGACGUGGUGCAGGCAAUCAAGGAUCACGCAUUUGUCACAUCUGAGUUCCCAGUGAUCCUGUCAAUUGAAGAGCACUGCAGCGUGGAACAGCAGCGCCACAUGGCCAAAGUAUUCAAGGAGGUGUUUGGGAACCAACUCCUAAUGAAGCCCAUUGAAGUCAGUGCAGAUCAGCUGCCAUCACCAACCCAGCUGAAAGAAAAGUUCAUCAUUAAGCAUAAAAAACUGGGACCAAAGGGAGACAUAGAUGUGAACCCAGAAGAAAAGAAAGAAGAGAAAAAGCAACAAGGAGAACUCUAUAUGUGGGACGCGAUAGAACAGAAAUGGACUCGGCACUAUUGUGCUAUAGCAGAUGAAAAGCUCUCAUUCGGUGAUGAUAUAGAACAGAACGCUGAUGAUGAUUCAUUAAAGGAGGUGAAACGUACUGAGCUGCACUGCAGUGAGAAAUGGUUCCAUGGGAAAAUGAAAGAGGGGAGAACAACUGCUGAGAAGCUGCUCCAGGAAUAUUGUGCUGAAAUGGGUGGCAAGGAUGGAACAUUUCUAGUGAGAGAAAGUGAAACUUUCCCUAAUGAUUACACCCUGUCUUUCUGGCGAUCUGGUAGGGUCCAGCAUUGUCGUAUCCGUUCUUAUAGUGAUGGCGAUAUCAUGAAAUAUUACCUGACAGAUAACCUCACCUUUGAUAGUAUCUAUGAUCUCGUUCAACACUACAAGGAAGCCCACUUGCGAUGUGCGGAAUUUGAGCUGCGUCUGACUGAUGCUGUGCCUAACCCCAAACCUCAUGAAACUAAAGAUUGGUACUAUAGUAACCUAAGCCGAGGAGAAGCAGAAGACAUGUUAAUGCGAAUUCCCCGAGAUGGAGCAUUUCUGAUUAGAAAGAGAGAUGAGCCUGAUUCAUUUGCCAUGACGUUCAGAGCCGAGGGGAAAGUGAAGCACUGCCGAAUUAAACAAGAAGGCCGCCACUUUGUGCUGGGAACCUCUGCCUAUUUUGAAAGCUUAGUCGAACUGGUGACCUACUAUGAAAAGCACUGCUUGUACAGAAAAAUGAAACUGCGUUAUCCUGUGACUGAGGAACUGCUAGACCGCUACAGCACGGAGAAAGAUAUUAAUUCACUUUAUGAUGUCAAGAUGUAUGUAGAGCCUAACGAAAUAACCCCAACUGUGCCUCAGAGAACAGUGAAAGCCAUAUAUGACUAUAAAGCCAAAAGAAAUGAUGAACUGAGCUUCUGCAGAGGGGCCCUAAUUCAUAACGUCACAAAGGAAACAGGAGGCUGGUGGAAAGGAGAUUAUGGAGAAAAAGUCCAACAGUAUUUUCCAUCUAAUUACGUUGAGGACAUGUCGGAUGAUAACUCGGCAGAUCUUGAAAACCAGAUUAUCGAGGACAACCCCUUAGGCUCUUUGUGUCGUGGCAUACUGGUCCUCAAUGCAUACAAUGUCGUGAAAAUGCCACAAGGGAAGCACGAUAAGGCUUUUGUCUUCCUACUGGAGCCCAGGAAUCCAGAAGAUCCUCCUGUUGAAUUUGCAACCGAUACAGUUGAAGAGCUGUUUGAAUGGUACCAAAGCAUCAGGGAAAUCACAUGGAAAACUGCAGAAGAGGAGAAUAGGAGGAAGUACUGGGAAAAGAAUCAAUUAAUUGCCAUUGAAUUAUCUGACUUGGUAAUCUACUGUAAACCAACAAGCAAAUCCAAGGACAAUUUAGACAAUCCUGAUUUCAGAGAAAUCCGGUCUUUUGUGGAAACCAAGGCUGAAAGUGUUGUCAAGCAGAAGCCUGGUGAGCUGCUGAAGUACAACCAAAAGGGACUGACGCGAGUAUACCCUAAAGGACAGAGGGUUGACUCAUCCAAUUAUGACCCGUUUCGCCUCUGGUUUUGUGGUGCCCAGAUGGUGUCUCUUAAUUUCCAGACCCCAGAUAAAUACGUGCAAAUAAACCAUGCCUUGUUUUCACUUAAUGGACGGACUGGAUACAUUUUGCAGCCAGAAAACAUGAGAAACGAGGACUAUGACCCUAUGCCAAGUGAAUCAAAGAGGAAAUUGCAGAUGAUUUUGACAGUGAGGGUUUUAGGUGCUCGCCAUCUGCCUAAACCUGGCAGAAGCAUUGCCUGUCCAUUUGUAGAGGUGGAAAUUUGUGGGGCUGAAUGUGAUAAUAGCAAGUUCAAGACAACUGUUGUGAAUGACAAUGGACUUAACCCAGUUUGGGCACCCUGUCCGGAGCAAGUGAAGUUUGAAAUUUAUGAUCCUAACUUAGCAUUUCUGCGUUUUGUUGUUUAUGAAGAAGACAUGUUCAGUGAUCCCAACUUCUUAGCACAUGCCACUUUUCCCAUAAAAGGAAUCAAAUCAGGUUUUAGGUCAAUUCCUCUCAAAAAUGGUUACAGUGAAGAUAUAGAGCUGGCUUCCCUCCUGGUAUUCUGUGAAAUGCAGCAAGUUCUGGAAAGCGAAGAAGAGCUUUAUUCAUCGUGUCGGCAGCUUCGGAAGCGCCAAGCAGAACUGAACAACCAGCUGUUCUUGUAUGACACCCAUCAGAACUUAAGGAACCCUAACAGAGAUGCUUUACUAAAAGAAUUCAGUGUGAAUGAGAACCAAUUACAACUGUACCAAGAGACAUGCAACAGGAGAUUGAAGGAGAAGAAAGUCAGUAACAGCAAAUUCUAUUCCUAGAGAAGCUAUUCCCUGUGCUGCACCUUUAUAGAAGGCACUCAGGAAGAGACAUUAAUUUACCCUGGUCAUUCAACUCGAUGAAAGUCUCAUCAGGCUGAAUUUACUAAGAAGAGGGAAGAUGGAUUUCCUUGGUAUUUUCUUGUUAUAAGAGGAACUUGUUUCAUUGUUGUUUAAUUUAUCAUCUGAACAAACUAUACACAGAGUGCAGGCUAGAUUUUCUGGAGAUUCUAGUUCUUCUUUACAUUUGGUAUCAUAAACCAUAGAGUAAAUAGGAAACUAAGGGUCAGUGUUUCAAAGUUACGUGGUGUGCAGACAACUUGCAUGCAUUUGUGCAGGCUUAACUUACCCUUUAAAAUACCGAAAGUACAGUUACAAAAUAUCUACAGUAUUUGUGUGCACAGGACACAAGUCAGGCAUUCACAACCAUUUGCACGCCCACAACUUAAUAGUCUGACUCUUUGUGAGUGAAAGAUAAUCGGUUUAAUUUAUUAAAUGCUGUGAAAGCACUUUUAUGAGAUGAUUGUGACAUCAGAUACAGCAGAUUGUAUUCCACACAUAUAAAAUAUUCUCGGCAACAGAUGGUUGAUGCUAUAUUUUCUUCUGAUAGAUGUUUCUUGUUACAUUUUUAAUACCAGUGAAUGAGUUAAUUUUCAAAACCCAAAUUUAUUCCAAGACUGUAGAUGGUUUAUUUGUUGGAUUAUGUGAAAAACUUUGAAAAGAGAAAUAUGAUAUUAUUUUGUGUCAUGUAAAUCAGCUCCAUCAAGGCAGUGAAAGAAAAUAUUUUAAUACAUAAGGUAGAAGCUAUCCUUUGCUCCUAGAAAGGAAAGGUGUUUAAAUUUACUUUGGUGUAACAUCCUUUCUCAAGUCCUUCCAGCUGCUAAUCUGCAUACAAAUGAAUUGUUUGCAAAUUAUCCACCUGUAAUCUAGCAGACUUUCUUACAAGAUAAUGUCAAACAGUGCUUUGUUUUUUUAAUGUAGUCUGUUUUCCCAAAAUAUAUUUAAUCCCUAACAUGACUGUGCAGAAAUACAGACAGAGACAGUAGGAACAUAGAAGAUAUAUAUACAAAAGAAGAUAUAGAUAGGGAAAAAACCCUAUUAGAUCAGAAAAUUUGUUUCUCAGAAGAGCAGAACAGUCUUUGGAUAAUGUGUCAAAGACCAGACAUCUUAAUUUUUAUAUGCGUUGAUUCUUCUUGUUAGCAGCACAUUAUUCAUUAAUAAGAAACAACUAGAUUAUCUUGAUGUUAGUGGAGUUUUGCACUGUUAUGUUUGAAUGUGCAUUUAAUAAGCACAGAAGAGAUUAUUUUCUUGUAAGUAAUUGCCCAAAGCUUAAAGUGAUACAUAGGGAAUGCUGUAUCUCUCAUCAUUGAAAGCCUACUUUAGUUCAGAAUUCAUCGUACAGUGAACUGCCUCAGCGGUUUUCAGAGUCACUUGCUCUCCAUGCCACCACUUUUCCUUAUAUACUGUCUCAAGAUUAAUUUAAUUGAUUCCACUAUGCAUUCACAGAUGAUAGUUCAAGGAACACCCUUGCGGUUUUAGUUAUUCCAUAAAGACAUGGCAUUUCUCUCAUGACUUUGAUACUGUUGAUAGAGAUAUGUCUGAUGUUGUUUACCCAAGAGGUGAAGUCUGUAUCUACGUGGAAGGAUGGUAAUCCUGAUGUUCACCCCAAAACAUUAAACAAGGGAACAAAUUUCUGCAGUGCAAUUCCCUUAAUUACACAGACAAAUGCCCCUUUGUAUGAGCACACACCACUGUUCAUGUAAAUUUUCUGUCACUUGGGGUCCUUCAGUCAAGGCUGGAAGUCCUUCCAACAGAUCAGUUUUUGUUCAGCUACAUCUUGUUGGGUGUGGUGCAGGAAUCACUGUAGCCUGGGUGAUGCAGGAGUUCAGACUAGAUUAUUUUAAUGGCCUCUGCUGGCCUUGAAUUCUAUGAAUAGAGUAUGUGCCAAAUUAGAGGCCAGGUUGAGGCUAGCUGAAAAUGUACAUACAUUCUGAAUGUUUUCCUCAGACACACCUAGAAAUGUCUUCAUUUUGGCCAUGAUUUUAAUGUUGUAGUUUCUUUUAACUAACAUUGCAAAUGAGAGCUGAAUAGAGAGAUCCAGAAAAAACCAUUAUUGAAUACACUGGAAUCAAUCAAGAGGCAGUGGUCUCUGUCUGUAGCAUGAGUUGAGAGGAGAUUUUUAUUGACAUCAGUGAAUCGAGUCAGGAUGUAAGUAUUUCCACGUAUGAUCUCAAUGGGUUGUCCAGACUGGAAUAUUGUUUACCUCCUCAGAAACUGAGUCUUAUCACAUGACUAUUUUAGUCAAUCAAGAGCCAAGAUUUUCUUCUCCUAUGUAACUAGUGUUUAUGGGCAUGUCUACAUAGCAUCUGGGUCCAACCUUUCCAGCCCCGGUCCACAGCCCCACAUUAGUUUCCUAUAAAUAGCUGUAGAGGCUGCAGCUUGGGCUGGAACUCAGACCAACCAUAACUUGGGCUUGAAAUUUUGGGUUUAGAUUCAGUGCAGACUUGCUCCAUGUGCAACCUAGGUUGUUAGUUUGAUUUUGAUGAGUUCCAACUCUAUUUCUGUUUAGUUCUAAUCAACAUUCUUAGGUCCCAAGUGUACACUUAACUAAAGCAUGAGUUAUCCAAUGGAUUUAAUGGAAGUGCUUUUCUGGAUUGGGCUCUUAAUCCUUGGUAUCAAACACACCUCCCAGGGCUACUAGAGAGAAGGAUUUCUGCCAUGUGUGUAAACCACCAAUGCUUAGAAAAUCUUCCUUGGGGAUCAUGUUAUAUUGUUAGAUUAAAUGAUCUAGCGUGUUGUUGAAAAUAUGGGGACUUUUUCAGUAAUUAGAAAUUAAUGAACAAUUUUGAAGGAAAAUUUUGUUUUGUGUUGUUUUUAGAAGCAGAGUCCGUAAAAACCCACUCGAUUCUCUGGGAAAUGGGGUGGAGGUAAUUGAAGUUUAAUUUAUUUUUUUAAAUAAAUAAGUAUAUAUGUGCAUUAAAAGUGUGUGUAUUUAAA